CAUUGUUCCGCGGUGACUUGUACGACGACGUUUCGAUUUCGUGGACGACUCCUCCAGCAUGCUGUCGCGCAAGAACAAGGAUCUGAGGACGAUCAAGGAGGGCGUCGAAGGGAGAUACGUAAAGAAAGAAACGCCACCCGAAAUGCCAAUUAUCAAUGUAUGGACAACAGAACCGAACAAAAGAACGAGACGACGUAACAAUCAUCCGACAAUGCCAAGCUCUAUGUCCGUCCCUCAACAGCCCAGUAUGGUACAAAAAUUCGGCAACACGAAAACUACUCCCAGCGCCGUCGGUCUCGGUAGCCACGAAGGCAAAUACACGCCGAACAGUUCUGUCCCGGACUUAGCUCAAAGGUUAAUAGUAUAUGUAUAUAGGUAUUUUUUUUGCAGAGAUUGCAAUAUAUAUGCUUUGAAUUGUUUUUACCCUUUUGAAUUUUACGAUAGAUUCGCUAGUCUCUCCGUUAAUACGGGAACUAACGACGGUAUGCCCUCGAGGACCGCGACACCCAUGUACCAUGCCGAACUGUCGCCCGCGAUGUCUCACACUUAUAUCAAUCAAUAUGCUGGAUCCGAGUAUCACUUGGACAGGGUUCAGACACCGCAAAUGCCUUACAUGCCCUUCGACGUCGACACUGGUUACGAGGACUAUAAUCGCUCCGCGUACCGUCAGAAUGCUGGGUACAGCAGAUGCCACUCAGAGAGAUCGAGUUCUCGGAGCGAGCAACAAGAAGAAUUGCCCUUGCCUCCCGGGUGGUCAGUCGACUUCACCCUCCGUGGCCGGAAAUAUUACAUCGAUCACAAUACGAAGACCACACAUUGGUCGCAUCCGCUCGAGAAGGAGGGCCUACCUACUGGUUGGGAGAGAAUCGAGUCGCCUGAGUAUGGCGUUUAUUAUGUGAAUCAUAUCACACGUCAAGCGCAAUACGAGCAUCCCUGUUACCCGCACGAGAUGCAAGCGGUGCGCGUAGUGUCACCACCGCGGCAUACUCAUUUUCACUCUCACAGUGUCUUGGUGCCGGCCAACCCCUAUCUCAAUGAGGAGAUACCGCAUUGGCUGUAUGUCUACAGUAGGGCCUCGAUCGCUCUAGAUCGUAAGUUGCGCUGGGAGCUCUUUCGGCUGCCCGAAUUGGAUUGCUUCAAUGCCAUGCUCACCAGGCUAUACAAGCAGGAACUGGAAGAGGUUGUGAUGCGUUACGAAGAGUACAGAUCCUCAUUAUUGUGCGAGAUGGAUCAGAGACUAAAGGAAUUGAGACCAGAAUCCAGUGGCUCUAAUGCUGGUGCUGUGGCAUUACGAAGAUCUCUUCCUUGACAGAGCAAUCGAACGAUCUGUGUUGAUGUGGGAUAGAUUUUUCUCGAGACUGAUGACAAGAUUCUUCUUGGAAGCACGAUACAACAAACGAUUUAGCUCAGAUCUAUGAUGUGCUCUUUGUUCCUCAUUUCUUUUUCUUUAUCUCUUUCUGACUUAAACCUUAAGCUAAAAAAAAGAUAGAGAACAAGAAACAUAAAGGAAAGAGCACAUUAUAAAUUAGGUUUUAAGGUAUUCGCCGUGGAUAUGUUAGAUUGUGACAUCGGGAAGAGAAAUAACGCCUUGAACGUUCUUGCGUCAUUUCCAAAUAACAAGAUAUCUGUAUGAAAAAAUCUUUCAGAUCACUUGAGCGUACUUAGGAAACUAUCCUUUUCCUCUGAUAAUCAUUAAGUAGCUGUAAAAUGAACUUGGUAAAAUUAUAAGGAAAGGUAAGGGAGGAAGUUAAGUUGCAUGUCACGUUAAUUUUGUGAUUGUCUGUUGACUGCUAAAGGAGCAGGAUAGUUCUUAGAAUAUUUUACAAGUAUGCUUAAACAAUCAGAAGUGUUCUUAUAUACAAAUAUCUUUUUAUUUGGAAGUGACACAAGAAUCUUGGACAUUUUUUUCUUUUAACAUCAUUAGUCCAGAUUUUCGCGGCCAGCACCCAGAAGCCUCAAUACCAACAUGUUGUUUGUAUGUAUUUGUAGAUAUUGCAAAGUUUCCUCGACAAAACUUGUCCCUUUUGAUAUUUUAUUGUAUACUCUAAAUAACUAUCAAGAAAUAAUGGUUAUUGAA